AUGGAAUGUAGCAUCUCCAUGAGAGACUGCGCGACUCGACUGGUUAAGGCAGGGUACGAGGUUCAUGGCAUCGACUGCGAAGGCCAUGGAAAAUCCUCCGGCCUACAAGGUUUAGUUUUGAGCUUCGAUGAUCUUGUUGACGAUCUUUCCGAGCAUUUCACCAAUAUUUCUGAAAGGAGGGAGAACAAAAAGAAGAUGAGAAUAAUAAUGGGAGAGUCAAUGGGAGGUGCCAUGGCCUUACGUUUACAUAGAAAAAAGCCACAAUAUUGGGAUGGGGCAAUUCUCGUGGCUCCCAUGUGUAAGGUUAGGUCCAAUCCAUACACACACAAAGGCCGACCACGCUUGCAAACUAGCCACCAACUAUAUCUUGCAAGCUUGGAUUUAGAGAAAAGAUUGCAUGAGGUCUCAUUGCCGUUCAUCGUUUUGCAUGGAGAAGACGAUAAAGUUACGGACCCAUCUGUGAGCAAGCUCUUGUAUGAGUCGGCUUGUACCAUCGACAAAACCCUUAAGUUGUACCCUCGAAUGUGGCACUCUUUGUCCUAUGGCGAGCUGCCGGAAAACCUAGACAUCGUGUUUUCUGACAUCCUCGAAUGGUUAGAACGUAGGGUAUUUGCAUAUGAUGCUAAAUUGGAGGAGCAUAAAAAGCUCGCCAAUGAUAGAGACGUGUCGAAAAACUAA